CACCUCAGAGAAAGAGAGGGCAACAAAACCGCAAAAGCUACAGGACUCUCAGAGGCAGUUCCGCCAGGCUAAUGGAAGUGCUAAGAGAUCUGGAGGAGAUCCCAAAUCCACUUCUCCUACCGUGCCUGCUUCUAAAAUUCCUGCUUUUUCCUCUAGUAUGGGAAAAGGCUUGUCCCAGUCUGAUUCUACUAAUAUUGUUAAUUCUUCUUCUCUUUUAUCUUCUUCCCUUCCCACUAGCAAAUCCUCUAUCCCUCCUCGAUCCAGUUCCACCCCUUCCUCUCAUAUCCCCUCUGUUUCUAAUGGUUCUUUAAAAUUUGCCCCUCCCACUCACAGCACUAAAGGCCUCUCUAUUCCCACACAGACACAAAAUGGUCGACCUUCCUCCUCCUCUUCCUCUUCCUCUUCCUGUUACCACUCCCCUUUAUCCCCGACUAUGUUGAGUCAGAGUGUGAAGAGUAUCCGUACCAUUCACACACCCAGCUUCACCAGCUACAGUCGGCCACACAACGGGAGUGCCAGUAAAUCAGCUAUUCCCACGGUAACUGUCGCCAAAGAUGCUGCGUAGAAUGCUUCGCUGCUUCGCAACCAUUUAUGUAUCUCUUAAUGAGGUGGAGUUUCUCCUGAUUUUACUUUGAUUCAUUUUUUUUUAAUUG